AUGCAGCUAGGGUUUUGGCCACCACCCCUAACUUCGCUGGGAUCCACCACUUCCGGCGACGGCGAGGCUAGAUCACCGCCGCCAACUCCAUCGGGCGGAGCUUUCCACCAUCCUCAUCCUCGCCCUUCAUCACCGCAUCGCCACUCCGUCCCCACUCCUCUCGAUCCCUUCCCCUUCCUCUCCUCCGUCUUCUCCUCGCGACGCCCCACCCUCCACGCGCUCGCCCGCCUCUGCGGCUCCGUCGACACCGAGAUCUCCCAGUGCGUCGAGAAAGCGGAGGCAGCGAAGCAGGAGGCCACGGUCGUCACGCUCAACGCCGAGAUCCGCCGCGCCAAGGCCAAGCUCCUCGAGGAGGACCUGCCCAAGCUGCAGAGCCUCGCGCUCAAGAAGGACGAGGUGGUGAACCCGCUGUUCGAGAAGAGGCCGAAGCAGUUCGGCAUCAGUGGCGCCCUGCCGCCCAAGAAGGACCUCCACCGGUUUGUCAAUUGGCCCAAGGUCAUGCGCAUCCAGCGCCAGUGCCGCAUCCUCAAGCAGCGCCUCAAGGUGCCCCAGGCACUCCACCAGUUCACCCGCACCCUCGACAAGAACAUCGGUCAUUUUGUGAAGGCCGCCAAGGGAAGGAGUGGGGGAUUUGGCACAAGGCCGGUGAUCGAGUCUAUGCUCUCUCCUCCAUGGAAAGACCUAAAUUCAGCUUGACAGAGAGCACAUGAAUGGUUUCAGCUUGACAACAAAUGUAUGAAACUUCUUAGCUGUGGACGACAACUACUUCCUUAAGAAGGACCAGCAUCACGCAUCAAGUAUGCCAUUGAGGGUGACGGCCGAAGGCAUGAUGAUAGUUCUAUUGCUGUUCUAGUGUAGCGAAGGUGGCCUAGUCGACUAUGGUCGCCUAGUGAGUCGUGCAUACGGUUUCAUCUGACUGUAAACUUGAUGUAAACUGCUCUAAUUGUGGAGCUUGUUAUCUGAUUGUAAACUUGAUGCUGAUCACAUUUGUAUGUGUGUUAUAUGAUGUAGCACUUUGAUGGUUGAUAAUAUUUGAAGUAUUUCGUGUGUUU